UUUGAUCGAAGCCAAAGGGUCACCACUGUUACCACCCUUCACCUCCAUUCUUCUCCUCCCGCUGCUAUCCUCAUUAUUCCAUUCUUCUUCUUCUUCGGAUCUUCUCUCUCUCAGCUAAUCCCACUAUGUCGACGGUCACGACUGUAGAGGUAAGAGUUCCGAAUCUGGACUGUGAGGGAUGUGCCUCCAAGUUAAAGAGGGCUCUCUUCAAGCUUAAAGGAGUGGAGGAGGUGGAGGUCGAGAUAGAAGAACAGAAGGUAACAGCGAGAGGGCAUGGAGUGGAGUUAGAGAGGAAGGUGUUGAGAGCCAUCAAGAGAGCCGGCAAAGUUGCAGAGCCAUGGCCUUAUUCUGGGACCCUCUCUCAGUUUACGACGUCGUUGCACAAGUACCCCACCUACAUCCUCAACCACUACUACAACGACUCCUCCAAAUCGGAGGCCUCCAAUGGCGUCCACACCUUCUUCCACACUCCUUCUCUCUACUCCGUCGCCGCCUCCUCCGAUGAACCCUUUGCUUCCCUCUUCAGCGACGAAAACCCUCACGCCUGCUCCCUCAUGUAAUGUAUCCUUCUCAUAAUGCUUAGCUAUUUCUCUAUGAUCUACAGAAGCAAGUUAUCUAAUUUGUGUAAAGCCUAGCCAUUGUAUUAUCUAAGUUUUUACCAUGUCGUAUGAAAUUAAACCACGUUGGUCGGUUGGUCCAUCUCCUGUAACUUCUUUGAAUUGUGUUUCAAUUUGAAAAAGAUCGUCCGAGAGUGGGCCAGCCAUGAAUGGAAUUGAAUUUGAAUGGCUUAUUAAUUAGCUUGGGAAGCAGGUGGGGUUUGGCAACCCAGCUUUUUUCUGUAACUUUAUCAGCUGAUGAUAAUGUUGGAUCUGAGUCUGACGAUGAUAUAUAUAUAUGGUGGCCAUAUGUUCAAAA